GAAAAUAGCGGAACUUUGCUAACAAACCCACGUGUUUGUUUUGCCUUCGUUUUUUAAGGUUUUUUCCCGAGUUAGAUUCGUUCAAUGAAUCAAUCCCUACGGUCCUAAAAAAAAUUAUAAAAAUAAAAAAAAAUUCCAUUUUUCACACCCUAAAUGCUUCGACUUACAAAACUCACCAAAUCUUCCGUAAAACUCUUCCACCUCCACCUUCAAUCCCUAUCCACCGCCGCCGGAGCUGCCGUAGCUCCGGUCAACGAAGCCCACCUCCUCAGAGUAUGCACAGUUCUCUACCAACAGCAAUACGGCUCCGACACAAAACUCCAAACCAGCCUCACCAAAACACAAUUCGAUCUCACCCACGAAUUUUUCCUCCAAGUAUGCAACAAAUUCCCAUAUUCAUGGCGACCCAUUUACAAAUUCCACCUAUUCUCACUCUCCCAACAAUUCCCCCACACACCCACCACCUACAACAAGGUUCUCGACAUCGCCGGAAAAUCAAGAAACGUGGAUCUCUUAUGGGACCUCUGCCGUGAAAUGGGCGAACUCCGUUUGGUCAACGUCAAGACUUACAUAAUCGCACUGACAGCACUAGCUACCGCUAGAGAGUUGAAGAAAUGCGUCGAAUUUUUCCAUUUGAUGAAUGGUUAUGGGUACGAGUAUAAAGUUGAGACCUUUAACACAGUAGUAGAGAUUCUAUGUCGGAAGAAACUUGUUGCAGAAGCUAAGCAUUUGGUAGUGAAGUUAAGAGAUUGGAUUAAGCCUAAUGCGGAAACUUACACGUGGUUGGUUUACGGGUUUUGUGACAUUGGCGAUUUAAUCGAGGCCUCGAAAAUUUGGAACUCGAUGGUGGAUGAAGGGUUUGAGCCCGAUUUUAAUGCAAUAGAGAUUAUGUUAGAAACCCUAUUCAAGAACAACAAAUUCGAUCAAGGGUUGAAGCUUUUUCAGUCUAUGAGGGUGAAGGAAGCGAAGAGUUUAAGGUUGUCUACUUAUCGGCUCGUGAUCAAGUGGUUGUGCAACAAGGGCAAAAUGGGGGAGAGUUACGUGGUUUUCGAGGAAAUGCAAAUGAAUGGUAUAAAAGCCGAUAACGAAAUACUUGGUUCGAUCAUUUACGGCCUCGUUAGUAAAGGGAGGGUGAGGGAAGGUUUUAAGGUUUUGGAAGAGGUUGAAAAUGUCGAUAUUUGCGUUUAUCAUGGAAUGAUUAAGGGGCUUUUGAGAUUGAAAAAGGCGAGCGAUGCAACGCAAGUCUUUAGAGAGAUGAAACGAGGGUGUGAGCCUACGAUGCACACGUAUGUUAUGUUGUUGCAGGGGCAUUUAGGGAAGAGGGGGAGAAAAGGGGAGGACCCUUUGGUCAAUUUCGAUACUAUUUUUGUCGGGGGUUUGGUCAAGGCGGGGAAGUCUCUAGAAGCUACUAAGUAUGUGGAGAGAGUGUUGGAUAGAGGAGUUGUGGUGCCUAGAUUUGAUUACAAUAAGUUUUUGCAUUGCUUUUCGAACGAGGAAGGUGUGGUUAUGUUUGAGGCGAUGGCUGGUAAAUUGAGGGAAGUUGGAUUGUUCGAUUUGGCUGAUAUAUUUGCUAGGUAUGGUGAGAAAAUGGCGACUAGAGAUCGAAGGAGAAACAGAGGAAUUGAGUCGGUAGAAGAGUCUUCGAUUGCUUUGCCACCUACUUAAGGGUGUGGUUCGAUUCGAGCUCGAUUAGGGUGAGAAAAUAUUGUGUCAAGAUUGUAGUGAAUAGUGAUCAUAUUUUGAUUUUCUCUUCUCUGUGUUUUGCCAUAUUAGUUAUAUUUGAUUUUAUUUUAUGUAAUUUUAAAUAAAAUAUAAAAAUGUUUUAAGAUUCGUUACGAUUUACGAUUUGUAAAUGAUUUUGCUAUUUGAU